GGCUCGAAAUCUGAUUCGCUGUAUUGCUGUCUUCGUCACACUCAAAGACCUUUCUCCUUCUUCAUUCUUCCUUCUUCCGUUUGGCCUUUUAUUUCAAAAGCCAAUUCCCAAUUUCCCACCAAAGCUUACCUAUCACCUUGGCGCAAUCCGAGCAACCUUAUUCUCGCCGACGUCAUGCCGCCGUCUCGCCGGACGGCGAACGGUUCUCGCUGCUCAUGCAUCCGCCGUGAAAUCGAUGGAAUCGCCGGCGACGAUUCCGGUGAAUCGAUUGACCUUCUUACAUGCGUACAUUGCAACGGGUCCGAUUCGAUUAAAUCCGAUCUCUCUUCCUCUUUUCCUUCAUCUUCUUCGUUUGGAUCAAAAUCGGCUUCCCCAGUUGAUGACUCCGAGAAGCUGCGUAGAAUCAUCGUCGCUUCCGUCAAAGGAUUCUCCAUAGGUACUGGGAUUAAAGGUGGAUUAGCUAUUUUCUCAAUCAUAGCUCGUUUCGCUCGACGUAGAUCUUCUUCCCAAUCGAGGAAAGUCGGUGAUUUCUCGAAUAGUGAAGCUAUUGCCUUGGGGAUUAAGGAAACACUAAGAUACGGACUGUUUUUAGGAACUUUUGCUGGUACUUUUGUUUCCGUGGAUGAAGCUAUUUGUGCUUUUGCAGGACACCAAAGGCAUGUUCACACUAUCUUUGAUCUUCUUUCUUUAACUGCAAAAUGGAGGGCCCUGUUUGCUGGUUUGGUGGCUGGUCCAUCGAUGCUUCUCACCGGGCCAAACACACAACACAUGAGUUUGGCUGUUUACAUAUUGAUGCGUGCAGCGGUUCUUGCGUCGCGUUGCGGCAUUAAAAGCAAACGUUUUGGUUCGAUAUGCAAGCCGCUUACUUGGAAACAUGGUGACUUGUUUCUCAUGUGUCUCUCAUCUUCACAGAUUUUGUCUGCUUACAUUUUAAAGCAAGAAAGCCUUCCUUCAUCGUACAAGUCUUUCCUUAACAAACAUGGUGGGAAGGAUCUUUCUAUUUUGCAAGGCGUUAAAGACAUCGCAAGCGCCAAGCCAUUCACCAAUUUAAGGGCAAUUGAGAAAUAUUACAAGUCUGUUGGAGUUGAUAUCAAACUGGAUCCGAAUAUGAAAGUCCCGUGUACGAUAAUACAUGGACAAGAGUCGUGUACUAAGCAUGGUAUUACAUUUUUCCUUCAAGCUUACAAGAGGGCAUUACCUGUCUAUGUCCCUGUCUACUUGAUCCCGGCGUUAAUAGUCCAUCGUCAAGACCUGCUAAAAAAGCAAUACUCUAUACUUGGCAAGGGUCUUCUUGGCACGGCGAGAUCAAGUUUGUUUCUCUCUACUUACUGCACUUCUGCCUGGGCUUGGACUUGCCUACUUUUCCGGACUUUUGAGACAUGUAACAUACCGCUCGUGGCAAUAGCAACGUUCCCAACAGGUUUGGCAUUAGCAAUUGAAAAGAAAAGCAGAAGGAUAGAGAUAUCACUCUACUGCUUAGCGAGGGCUAUAGAGAGCUUCUUCACUUGUAUGACAGAUGCAGGAUACAUUCGACCUCCCAAGAGUCUAAGAAGAGCAGAUGUGGUUGUGUUCAGCGUUUCGACAGCCAUUAUAAUGCACUGUUACGCGCAGGAAAGAGAGGUAUUUCGAUCAAAAUAUUUGAAUGUGUUAGAUUGGGUUUUUGGUGUUCCUCCUUCUCCUCCUCCUCCUCCUCCUCCUCCUUCUCCUCCUUGUGAAACAACCUAGAGACUUUUACUUUCUAAUUAUCGACAUCAGAGGGUGAAGCACACGUUAUAGGGAGGUUUGAUUAGUAUUGAAAGUGUCACGCUUGUUUAUAACUUUUAACCCAAAGAUUUUUGAUUUUGGAAUCGCUUUUGGUUGUAGAAUGUGCAUUAUCGCUAGGGGUUUUGUUUUGGGUUUUGGGAUAUCGGAUAAAAACUUUUAAGCAAUUUGCUAAUUCUUGUUAAUUCAUCUCUAACACCGAAUUGUUUAACAAUGAUGCCGUCAUAGUGCUUAACUCACUUUGAAAGUACUGG